AUGUCUUCGCCACCUUCGCCCGUCCAGCCAACCGGAGCACCGGCGUCGACCCCGGACGCACCUAAUUCCUUCCUGGUGCCUCCAGUGCUGUCGUCGGCCGUGCCCGCCGUUGGCUCGGCCGGUCCUCCUGGUGCCCAGGAUGGAACCAACGCACCGACCGUCGAGUCGCUGUAUUCGUCGUUGAAGCGUUCGGCCACGGAAUUCGCCUUGUUGUCUGCCCGCCUGGACAGUGCACGAGGGGCCGCCCAGUCCACUCUGGUCGCUGCUAGAUCUCUUUUGGGCGACGGCGGGCCUGGCUCGAUCCUGCGUUCCGUCCAGGAGCUGGUCACCGCCAAGGACGCCGCCGAGCAUCUCCUGGCGCGGGUGCAGUCCAACCUGGUGGCCCGCGAGACGGACCUUGUCGUUGAGCGCAACUCCCGUGUCGCGGCGGAAGCGUACGUGGCCGCCCUCCGGGACCAGCUGGACACCGAGACCCGCCAAGCAGCGGAGACGAUCGGUCAGUUGCGCAGCGACCUGGCGGUCGUCAACAACAAAGUCGAUGCUUGGUCCAAGCGUUUCCAGACCGUCGGUUCGGUGGAGGCGUCCCUGCGAGCGUCGAUCGCGCCCCUGAAGGCUCAGCGUGAGGCUCAGGGCUGGCAAGCGGCGUCCCUGCAGUUGGACCUCGACCGCGCCUGUGACGAGCUGGACUCGGCACGCCAAGACGCCAGCCAAAAGAGCGCCCCCAAUUGGCGUCAGCAGCCCGGGGAAGCUCCUUCGGCCGCCUCGUCUCCAAGACCGCCAUCCGCGUUGGCCCCCGUGACCGAGCACGUCCUUCGCGCACGCGUCCGCGAGCUAGAAGGCGAGUUGGCGGCAGCCCGGUCGUCGGCCGAAACCAGUCGGACCACCGUAGAGUCGCUGCUUGACGCGCUCCGGGCCCGGGCGAAGGACCAAGAGGAGGUCCUGAACAAGUCCGCCGAGGUGGUCGGCACUCUCCGCGACUCGAACCUGGCUCUGGGUCAGGAGUGCGACGAACUUCGCGUCCGGCUCGACGUGGCGGAGCAAGAUGCCCUCAAGGCCAAUCGGCGGUUCGCCGACGCGGUGCCCAUCUUCUGGGACUGGGUGGUGCGCCAGUUCGCCGUCGAGAGGGCUGAACUGGUCCCCUCUCUCGUGGCGUCCUGGAAGGCGGGGGAAGACCCUGGCCAUCGCACCGGCUCCAGCGAUGCUCGUCCCGCCGGCUCCCUUCGUGGGUCGUAUUGUCGGCCGCGACUACCGGUCCUGGGCGGCGGCGCGUCUUCAACCAAGUGGUGUUAUGACUCCGGUGGCGUCUGCGGUUGUCUCCACCACCCGGUCGACGCCGAGUCUGACGACACCGAGUCGCCGCCGGACACGCCGCCCAGUUCUCCGGCCAUCAAGCGUUCGUCGGACGGAUCGGGCCCCGGCAAGGCGGAAAAGGCUCGCAAGACCCCACCAGCCCCUUGCGGGGUCCAAGGCCUUGCCCACGACGACCUGCCGCCGUCGGUUGUCGUCGCGUACGAAGAGGUUAUCGCCGCGCGGCCGUGGGAACGCUUCCACACCCAAGUGUCCUUCGUGCCCAAGGCAUUCCGGGCGGACGCCGAGUGGAAGGCGUUGCAUCAGUCCCUGGUGGAUUUCUGGUCCGGGCAUGCGCGGGCGAUCUGGAACCGGUGGUUCCUGCCACUGUCCAGCCCGGCGGCCGACGCGGAGGUCGACAAGCUCCUUCCGUCGCUUGUGUCUUUGGCCGGGUGCUUAUUCCGAGUCUUCCAGCGCCAUGGCGACGACAUCCUCCGCUUUCUAAGCUAUCCCCACUCGUUCUGGCCGGUGUAUCUGUCCCAGGGCAUCAUGCUCCGGAGCGUGGUGAGACGUCAUGGCGAGGCGGAGGCGAUCCGAUACCUUCGCGAGGGUGGAACUCAGUGGUGGCCCGAGGUGCCCACCCUCGUCAAGUCGCGAUCCUGGCGAGCUCCCGACAACGCGACCCUGACGUAUCUCCACAAGCGAGAGCUGAAACCCGGCACCGCGGCCAAGUUCGAUCUCAACCGGUCGGGCGUGACCCAGGACGUGGUACGUCGGUCCAUCGCGUCGAUGUUGGACGUCAUCAAUGGCGCGCGCUACGGGACGGGGCCGCCGAAGCCGUUCCCAUUCCUCGUCGCGAGUUACUCGCAGCCGCCCAUGGGGUCGCAAUGGUCGUCGACGAUCACACUUCAGCGCGGCACGCCGUACGUCGAGACCACCAGCUCGGCCGCUCCGUCCCAAUCAUCAGGGGCGGUGGAAUCCCAGGCGCCCUCGUCGUCGACUCCGCGUCCAGUGCACGUGUCGUCGGACGGCUCCAUCAGUCUUUAACUUCGUAACGCAUUCUUUCUUCC